AUGAAUUUUCUCGCCGUCGUCCUCACAGAGCGGCUCUUGAAGAUCCUGGCGAACACGAAGGCAUCGCGGGCGUCCUUGUGGGCUCGCACGCGGGCGGUGUUCGUGAAGCGCGCCAUCCACGCUUUUCGCGAGAAGCGCAUGCCGCUGUUCAGCUGGGUGCUUCCCCAGUUCCUUCUUACCGUGCUGUUCCUGCUCGAGAUCUGGGGGCUGCACGGCUCCUCGCGCGACGUCCUUCACGUAGGCGACACGCUCAAGUACAGCUUCCCGGUCGUCAUCGGACUCGCGCAGGGAUUUAAGCAAGCCGACAUCGAGGAGAAAUUUCGCGAGGAGUACCUGGACCCACUGUUCAAGUCCGCCACCCAGUUCUCCGUGGAGCGCCUGCCGGUGUCCACGGAUAUCAAUUACUAUCUGCUGCACAUGGCCAGCGACCAAUUGUUCAAUUACGUUUUCAACACGCACUUCGGCUACCAAAUGACCAAGGCGACCGGUACCGUGCUGUGGUACAACGGCCAGAUCCAGCACACGGCGCCCCUGGUGUUGACGGCGUACAAUAGGGCCCGGCUUCGAAACAUUACCAAGCGGGCGGAUGCCGACUUCAGCGUCGGCGUGGUCUCGGCGCCGCCCGCCAACGUCUCGUCCACGUCGUCUAAGGGCGAGAGCGAGCUGAUCCGCAGCCAGAACACGUACCGCGAGGUCCUCCCCAAGGUCCUUCGCUCCAUCUUCCUGCCGCUCGUCUCGAGUCUGAUGUGCAGCAACUUCGUCCUCUUUCCUAUCGCCGAGAGGGCGCUGUUGGUGAAGCAGCUGCACCUGUUGACGGGCCUGAGACCGUCGCUCUACUGGAUCCUAAACUUCGUAUUCGACUUCCUCUUCUACAUUGUCACCGCCCUGUGCGUGCUUCCUCCGCUGUGGCUGUUCCAGGCGGGAACGCUCACCACCACAGACAUCAGCCUCAUCUUCGUGCUGAACCUGCUGCACGGAUACGCGGCGCUACCCUGCAUCUACCUGGCAUCUUUCCUGUUCGAUAACCCGGGGCAUGGCUUUUCGACGCUCGCCGUUCUCACGUUCGUCUUAUCGUCUGUCGGCUGCCUGGGUGAGGUGUUCAUGGAGUACUACGCGCACGAGGUGAACAACGCCAUCGUCUCGUACGUGAUCAACACCGCGCGCAAGGUGACUCGGCUACUCCCCUCGAGCUCGUACGCGCGCGCCAUGACCAAGAUCCUGCAGCUGGCCGCCGAGAGCUCAGUGUGCCACGCGGGCGGCAUCGAGCUCGAGAGCCAGUGCAACAGCAAGGUCACCGACACCAAGCUCUCGCUGAAGCAGUGCUGCGACCACAUCUACAGCGCCAACCGGACCGCCUACCUGAUCCACCCGUUCGACAAGAACUCGUACUCGGCCUACUACGAGGUGAUCGGGCUGUCGUUUCAGGGCGCCACGGUGUUUGUAAUGCUGCUCAUCAUCGAGUACAUGCUCAAGACAUUUGAACGCGAGAUGACCUCGCUGGACGAAGAGGCGUUCUCGUCGCCCCACUCUUCGCAGCAGGCAUCUAUGAUGACGCGUGGAUUCUCCCGGAACUUAAAAAAGAAGGACACGCACUUAGAGGACACCGAAGUCCUGGCGGAGAACGAUAUGGUCGAGGACGCUGUGACGGGCAAACUGCCAGCCGUUCCGGGACUCCCGUGGCCCGUAAUGGUCGUUCGUAGUUUGCACAGGUCUUACGGCGUCUUCGAAAGCAACGUGGUGCUUCGGGGACUGAGCUUCACGGUGCGCAGAGGCGAAUGCUUCGGUCUCCUCGGCGCCAACGGGGCGGGAAAGACCACGACGUUCCGGAUACUGACGGGAGAGAUUCUGCCCCACUCUGGCAACGCCUUCAUCGGCGCUGCCUCCAUCGUCGAAGACACUAUGGAGUUCCAGCAGCAUCUCGGCUACUGUCCACAGCGGGACGGCCUGCUCGACAUGCUCACGGGCGUGGAGACGCUGACGCUGUUCACGCGUCUCAAGGGCAUCGCGCUGACGCCCAAGUACCUCGACACGCUCCUCGAGGUGUACCGCCUCGGAGACAUUGCCGACCAGCUCGUGGGCACCUACAGUGCGGGCAGCCGUCGCAAGCUGUCGCUCUGCAUCUCCAUGCUGGGCACGCCCCGCGUCCUGCUGUUGGACGAGCCGUACGCGGGCGUGGCACCCAUGGCUCGAAGGCGCGUCGUCAACUACAUCAGCGCACUGCAGCAUGUGGCCAACAUGUCGGUGGUCCUCACGUCCCACAGCCUGACGGACGUCGAGUUCCUGUGCAACCGAAUGGCCGUCCUGGGAGAUGGCCAACUGCAGUGCCUGGGCUCGCUGCCGCAGCUCAAAGCGAAGUUCGGCAAGGGCUACACCAUUACGGUCAAGACCUAUCCGGACAGGAAGAACGACGAGGCCUACCAGCGACAGGUCGUCUACGCCGUCUGGACAGCCUUCCCGGGCUCCGAACUGGUGCACUCGUACGAGGGCGUCCUGGAGUUUCGCAUCUCGUGGGUUCGCAUGCCGUGGAGCAAGAUGUUCAUCCUGAUGGCGCGCAUCAAGAAGAAGUUGAAGCUGCUCGACUUUUACAUCGCCGACACGUCCCUCGAGCAGAUCUUCCUCAGCGUGUCUCGAAAGGAAGCCAGUGAAGCGGCCCUCGCCGCAGCCCUGCAGCAGCAGCAGGAGCAACAGAAGCCCCUCGUCGUCCACCACAUCAUGGCGUCAGCGCUGGGCAUCUGA